ACGCUUCCUUAGCGACUAAUCAAAACGACCUUUUAAGCACUGGAAUGGCACGUAAUUCCUGUCUAAAUCUACCUUCAAUAUUUCACUAGCUCCUAAACCAGCUGAUCCCUUCCACCACCACAACGAACACUGCUCCAAGAAGCACACAUGGCCGGUGCCGGCGCCGCCGCUGUCCUCUUCGCGCUGGUCUGCUGCCUCCUCGUGGGCUCUGCCCCGGCGCGCCGCCCCGCAGAGCUUCCGGCGCAGGUGGUUCUCGAAGCCGAUGACCGUGAGGCCGCCGCCGAGUCGCUUCUGCCCAAGCCGUUGGCGAUCGUCGAGGCGGCCGACCCCAGCACCGUCCUCUCCUCCGUGCAGGGGCUGGAGGUGAACCUGGCUGGCCAGGCCCCCCAGGUCAUCAGUUGCGGCGGCGAAGAUGCGGCGGUCUCCGAGGAGCCACUGUCCCUGGGUACCAUGGCUCAACCGGCGGGCAAGGGCGAGGUGCGGGAGCAGGAGCGGCGUGACGACGACUCUGACUCGGACAGCGACUCGGAUUCAGACGACGAGGACAACGAGCAUGGGAUCGUUGCGUGGUUCUGGAGGCUGGCGCGUCGCUUCUGAAUUCUGAUCGAUCGUGGCCGUCGAUUUUCAUGUGAUAUAUCGUUGUGUAUUGUCUCCUUAGGGUGUGUUCGGUUCGGGAACGAAGUGGAACGGAAUGUCAUGGUUCUAUUCCACUAGAAUGGGUUGGUUCCAUUCUUGUGUUCGGUUGGGACGAAA